CACUCCGUCGCAAUUUCUCGAUGAUCGUAUGCAGAUUCUGAAAGUUAAUUGCGCUGAACUGGUAUCGGACUGUCAACGAUUUUUUGAAAGAAAUGGCUGCGUAUUGUUAAUAGUAGAGCAAAUUCGAGCGACGCACUAAGACAAUUGCAACAUUCUAAAAAUAAUGGGAAUACAGACGAGAGUUGCUUGCAUGUAAAAGUCGUCAGAACAUCGACAAAAUGAUGCAUAUGACAUAGUUAACGUACUACAUAAAAAUUGGGCGGAGUUUUCGAAGUGAACGGAAAAAUUUGCAGAACAACGCGAAAGCGUGGAAGAACAAUUUCAGUCCCGAUGAGUCACCGAAUUUGACAAAACAGCUGAAAGAAGCGUGCACCGGCGAAACAGCGGACAGCUCGUAAAUCGGCUGGCCUUGCGAAUCACAUUUUUACGGGGGAAAGGCGCCGCUGCAUUGUCCUCGAGCCGCGCGAAUAGCUGCAUAGCCGGUGGAAACUUUGCGGGUUCGACACGUUCGCUGAACGAACGAAAGAGAUAUCGGCAAACGGGAACCGGAAGGAGGAUCCUCUCAUGUGUGCGUGUCGCCACGCCGCAGGAUCACGUUCUCUCAGCGCCGAGAGCCUCGUUAAUAACGCACGGACGCCGAGAAAAAGAGGAGACACGCUUAUCUCACAAUUUCUGCACGAUUAUAGCUGUUUUUGCACGAUCAGCCGACGGCGAAAACAACUCUUUCUAUAACCGGAUGGUGCGCAUACCUGAGAAAUUCUUAAAAAGUUCUUUCUGUGUUUCUAUUUUCUGAAAGAGUUAGCUGUCCCCCCGAACGAUCUUCAAACUCGUCCCGGAAGGUGCAGCCCAAACCCCGCGGAAGUUCGAACAGCCUCGCGUCAAAAAUCGCAGUCGACCAUCCCCGGAGGUAAACCGAUCGGAAGAGGACGAAGCGUUAAGCUCUCGCGUGAAAAGUUAGCCACCCCUUCAGGCGGCGAUUCGAAGCGGCGCGAAGUCAGCAGCGGCGGCAGAGGGAAAAGAAAAAGAAAAGGUUCGGUUAAGCUCGGCGAAGCAUAGAUCACGGAGAAGGCCGGGAGGCAGAAGACAAAAGCGAAACCAGUUCCCUCCGGUGUUUGAUAGUUGGUGGUAGGCUGGUUGCCCGCGCGCGUUGGCGACUGUCGCUAGAGCCGCAUGAGACCGCGUCCAACGCAGAAGUUUGCCGAUUCCGCGUGCUCGUGGACCGAGUCGGCGAGUUAAGAGCGAUACAGUGCCGCGAGUGGAGGCUUAGGCUAGCUCUCACGAUCCGCGGUGGAUGACGUUGGGGUGCACGAUGCCGCAGGGUGACGAGAACGCGGCCCUAGAGCCCGUGGCCCCGGGCAACAACGGCUCCGAGUACGAGAUCAUCGGCGAGGAUCUGCUCCGGGAGAAGAUCGAUGCGAGGAAACGCAGGCAGGACGAGCUGAACGGGAUGCCUGAACCCGGUGACCAGGAGCAGGAGCUUCCCGACGACGAGGAGGUCUGCCUGGACCUGGGCGAGCCCUCGCCGGAAGUGAUGGAGUACGCCAGAAGAGAGCUGGGCGAGACCGAGGAGGUCAAGUGUCAGACCAUUCAGGAACUCCGCGACAUGAUCUACGAGAGGGGCGAGUGCCAGCCGCACAGGAUGGACGACGACUUCCUGAUCAGGUUCCUCAGGGUGAGGAACUUCAACGUCAACCGGGCCCAUCGAUUGAUAGUGAAUUACUACAACUUCAAAGACGAACACCCGGAGAUCCAUCAGGAUGUGAAUCCAACGAAGAUGACUCACAUCGGCGACGACGAUGUGAUGACGGUGCCGGCUUACAGGACCCACUGCGGCAGGAGGAUGAUGAUUUACCGAUUGGGGAAUUGGGAUCCAAGAAAAUAUCCCGUGGAGGAGAUCUUUAAAGCCACGGUGAUCGUACUGGAGCUGGGAGUACUGGAGCCGAGCCAUCAGAUCCUCGGAGGCGUCGCCAUUUUCGAUCUUGAAGGCAUCACUAUGUCCCAUGCCUGGACCAUCACGCCACAGGUGGCCAGCAUGGUGAUCGCGCUGAUGGUGUCCGCGUUCCCCUUGAAGACUCAGGCGAUCCACAUCCUCCAUCAGUCGUGGGUGUUCGACGUGAUGUUCGCGGUGUUCAAACCGUUGCUGGACGUCCGGAUGCAGAACAAGAUCUUCUUCCACGGCAGCGACAUGGCCAGCCUUCAUCAGCACAUCCAUCCGACCCACUUGCCGAAGAAGUAUGGCGGGAUCAGGGAGGAGCUGCCCUAUUACAAGUGGAUAGAGAACCUGAGCAUGGUCCCGAGGGUCGUCGAAGAGAUGAAGCAGCUCGGAUAUCUGCUCCCCGAUGACGUACCGAAGCAUUCGGGCAAAUCUGUCAAGAACUGAGAGCCCGGGAUCUUCCUGUCGAUUGCACGAUUAAUUUUGUACACCCACGCGCGACAGUGCCUGAUCGGUCGGUUUACUUUUCAUUUCGGGAAAAAUAGCUGCGAACCGUGGACCUUUGUUUCAUAUUUCAGAGGUUUCGCGGAUUCUGUUUCAGCUGGACGAAGAAUAAAUGAUUUCGUAUUUGAAGAGAUUAGUUACAAAGGACUCGGGGAGAAAGUGUACGUUUUUUAACCAGUUAACCGUUUUUCGUGAGUAUAUUGUUAGAGACUCGUCAGAGAUAGCAUAACUCAUUAGAAUAUAAUACUUUGAUAUUCUUGAUUAAAUUAUACCUUAUAUGAAAGUGUUGCAUUUAAACAAAAUAUGAAGAAAAUCAAAUAUAUUCUUACAAUACAUAAUUACAGUAACUUCCACGCUUCUCGAAGGGAUUGCUAACUGUUUAACAUUAAUUAAUUAAUUUAAAAAAUUUGAAAUUGAUUCGUAUUGGCAUAGAGUGGUUCAUUUUGAUUGGGUCCUUUGUAACAAUGAUUCGUUCAAGAGAAAAGCUGACAAAAAUGUCAUCGAUUGCAGUGGUGACUUUGUCGCCUUUUCUUUUCAAUGUUUUAAUAACUUUGCAGAAUAACAGUACGACCGUGCACUCGGUAAAAAUCGUAGAAAAAGAACUGACCGAUUAUCAGUCGGCGUGACCACCAAACCAUGAAGUAAAAAUAGUAAAAGCCGGCGAAACUACGAAGCGAUCAGACAGCUGUCGGUGAAGGUGCGCACCCACACGAUUCGCCUAGACCCACUAACGCAAACAACGUUUCUACUUUUCUACGAAAUUUUUGUAUCAUGUUAGCUUAGCUAGUUCCGUAUAAGCUCUCGCGAUUUUACUAAAAAUAGGGAGGAGAAAUCGAGACGAAGGCCGUGCAUGUUAAACGAGGAGAUGAUUGUCAGGACAAUAAUGAAUCGAGCUUGUAGAAGGCACACCAAACCUGUA